AUGCCUAACGUUUGGUUAAUGUAUCGUCGUCGAAUACGACCACUGAUCCUCCCAUCUGGAUGUAAACAAUCAGUAAAAUCUCAUCGAAAGAAAUAUUUACUUUUAAUCAAACUAAUGAAAUUAUUUGCCGCUAUUCUCGUACCUUUGAUGAUUGGCGCUUUCACAGUAGUAACAACUCUGCAAGACUCUAACAGUACACGCUAUCAACGAGAAGCUGAUUUAACACGAAUGGAACGUCAAGGACAACUACAAGGAGCAGCUGAAAAAUGUCAGAAUAUUGCAGAUUUAGCGAAACUUCAUGAACAACAAGAUUCCAAUGAUCGAGCAGCAAAAGAAUUACGUAUGCAAAAUGUUUACGAUCCGUAUAUGCGCGAUUUAACCAGCCUCAUUCUCAAACUGAAUAUCAAUUUAACAUCUUCUGAACUUUUAUUUGUUCGAUCGAGAACCAUAUCAGUUCUAGAUCAGAUCGAUCUGAAACGCAAAUGGUAUUUAAUUAAAUUUCUUUAUGAUAGUGAACUCUUAUUACACUUUAAUAAUUGUCAUUUCGAACACCUUCGCUUCAAUCACGUCGAUUUUCAAAAUACUCAAUUCAAUCCUGUACCGAGUUCAAGUAAGAUUGACUUUCGUCGUGUCAAUUUAAUUGGUUCAAAUUUCAAUACACCAUAUAAGACUUAUGUGAAUAUAUCUGAUUCGUUUUUACCAAAUGGAACAUUUAUAACAUCGUUCCGUUCAUUUGGAGUCAAUUUGCUUAAGAACGGUGGUGCUGAAGAAGGAGAAUGUUAUGGUAAUCCAUACGAAAAUUUCACUGGAAGAAAGCCUCCUCUUGGUUGGCAACGAGAUGGAGAUGCUUUUUAA